AAGUGCCCAGACAAGAGAUUUUUGUUACAUGACUUCAUGAAAAAUAGUGAAAUGUCACGUUCUUCACCAUUUAAGAUGCGAUUAGUUCAUUUGGACCUUAAAGGAGCUCCACCAAAGGUUUCCUACCUCUCUGAGGUCUUUCCUCUGUUCCAUGCCUUGGGCGCCAAUGGGCUCCUCCUCGAGUAUGAAGACAUGUUUCCCUAUGAGGGCCACCUCAGGCUGCUGAGAGCCAAGCACGCGUACAGCCCCCCUGAAAUCAAGGAGAUCCUACAUCUGGCUACACUGAACGAGCUAGAGGUCAUUCCAUUGGUGCAGACAUUUGGACACAUGGAGUUUGUGCUGAAGCAUGAGGCUCUCGCUCACCUCCGAGAAGUAGCACUUUUCCCCAACACCCUGAACCCCCACGAGGCGGAGUCCCUGGCACUGGUGGGAGCCAUGAUCAGCCAGGUCAUGGAGCUGCACCCAGGUGCCCGGUGGCUCCAUGUCGGCUGUGACGAGGUCUAUUACCUUGGAGAGGGCGAGGCCUCGAGGCGGUGGCUGCAGCAGGAGCAUAACACCAAAGCAAGACUGUGUCUGUCCCACAUAAAGGCGGUGGCCUGCCACGUGCUGGCCCAGCACCCUGCCACGAGGCCUCUGGUGUGGGACGACAUGCUGCGGGCCAUCCCCGAGGACCAACUCUCAGCAUCGGGGGUACCACAGCUGGUGGAGCCCGUGCUCUGGGACUACGGGGCUGACCUGGACAUCCACGGCAAAGCUCUUCUCAUGGAAAAGUACCGGAAGUGUGGUUUUCUCCGGCUGUGGGCUGCCAGUGCCUUCAAGGGCGCCACGGGGGCGAGCCAGGCCCUGACCCCCAUCGAGCACCACCUUAGGAACAACGUGCAGUGGCUGCAGGUGGCGGCCAGUGGGCCCGCGGACAUGCUGCAGGGCAUCGUCCUGACCGGCUGGCAGAGGUACGACCACUUCUCCGUACUGUGCGAGUUGCUGCCCGUGGGAAUCCCGUCCCUGGCCGUCUGCCUGCAGUCACUGCUCCACGGAGGUUUUGCCGAAGAUGUUAAAGCAAAAGUGGAGAACUUUCUCGGGAUUUCAAACCUAGAAAUAACUGAUUUUACAAGUGAGGGGGCCGGCUCCUUCCCUGGCAGCGACAUCCUGGCCCUUGUCACGCACGUCAGCCUCCACCUGCGCAGCUCCGUGGACACGCUGCUGGAGAGGGACAGGUAUGUGACUGGCUGGUUCAGCCCCUACCACCGCAGGCGGAAGCUCAUCCACCCGGUCAUGGUCCAGCACAUCCAGCCCCAGGCGCUCAGCCUCCUGGCCAGGUGGAGCACCUUGGUGCAGGAGCUGGAGGCCGCCCUGCAUCGCGUCUUCUACCCAGACACCGUGGAGGAGUGGCUGGAGGAGAACGUGCAGCCCAGCCUGAGGCAGCUACAGGGUUUGCUACAGGACCUGAGAGAGGCAGCCAGCCCCAGGCCGCUCGCAGCUCAGGACCCCUGAGGCGCGGGGCCAGGCACCCCUGUCCAGUGCGUCCGGCCUCCCACUGUACCCGGGACCACCUGCAACAGGCCACACCCAUGGUGCAGACAUUUCUCGCUGGGAAAGACAAGUGGGAAAUAUCCAAGGAGGACACACACUGAGGCCUGCUUACUGAUCCACAUGUAGAACCUAUUGGCUUGAAAUAAAAAGGAGAGUGGGAGCCAGAA